AUGGCGUUCGUGCUCGUCACUCUGUGCUGUGUGUUUGUGGCCCUCGGGUCAUUUCUUUUUGGCUACGACUCGGGGAUCAUCUCAUCAAGCAUUGAACAAGAUGCUUUCCUUCAUAAAUUCGGGUCGCCUGGACUCUCCGACGCUGCGAGUGGGGGCAUCAUCUCCGCUUACACAGGUGGUGCCAUCGUGGGGUCUUUAGUUGCGCCCUACAUCUCCGACUGCUGGGGACGUCGAAUGGUGGUUUUCAAUGGCGCCCUCCUCGCUACCUUGGGUGCUGCGCUUCAGGGAGGCACGACCACCAUCGCGAUGCUAAUUGCCGGUCGAUUCAUCGCUGGGGUCGCCAUUGGGCUGAUGUCGGCCACUAUCCCCGUCUACUGCAUCGAGGUUGCGCCUCCUAGAAUCCGCGGAUUGCUGGCAAGUAUGCAACAAUGGAUGAUUGGGCUUGGGAUUAUGGUUGCUCAAUGGGUCGGCUACGGCGCUUCUCACUAUGAAACUGAUUUUGCGUGGAGAUUCCCUCUAUCCCUGCAAACAGCCCCUGCCGUUAUUCUCGCCUGUGGAGUCUGGCUUCUUCCAGAAUCACCACGUUGGCUCAUCGAGAACGGCAGAGAAGCCGCCGGAAGGGCAGUGCUAGCACGCCUGCACCUCGACUCCCGUGCUACAAACACCGAACUCGUCGAGCACGAAAUAGCCCAGAUCCAAGAAAGCGUCCUCUACGAACAGGAAGCCGUCGUUCGUUCCUGGCGCCAACUACUCACAUCCAAACAAUGGCGCUACCGCAUCCUCCUCGCGUGCGGUCUGCAGGCAAUGACCCAAUGCUCUGGUACAAACGUCAUCCAAAACUACGGGCCUCGGCUUUACAAGUCCCUCGGGUUUUCCACGUCGCGCUCUCUCAUGAUCAUCGGGAUCUGGGGCGCUCUAAGCCUUUUCUGGAAUACAGUUUUUAUGCUCUUCAUCGACAAAGUCUCCCGCCGCAAGCUGCUCAUUCCCUCCCUCUUCGGCAUGGGGGCAGCCAUGUGCGUCGAGGCAACACUAGUCCACUACAUCGACUUCAGCGACUCAACCGCUAAUCCAGAUGCCCUUCGCGCUGCCAUCGCCAUGUUCUUCGUCUUCUCCUUCUCCUUCACUGCGCUCGGCCUGAUCUCCUGGGUCUACCCAGCCGAGAUCUUCCCGACAGCCAUCCGCGCGCGCGGCUCGGCGCUCGCGACUGCGACGAACUGGAGUCUGAACCUGGUCUUUGCGCAGUGCUCGCCCAUCGCGCUGACGAAUAUGGGGUCGACGUACUUCUACUGCUUUGUCGGCUUUAACUGGGCGGCGAUCUUCCUCAUCUGGUUCUGGUAUCCCGAUACGGUUGCCUGCUCGCUGGAAGAGGUCGAGGACGUGUUUGUAGAGAAGCCGAGGGAGGUAGUGCAGGAGGUUACUCGGGCUGCGGCGCCAAGUCCGGCGAGGCCGCGCUCACACAUUAGACAUAAGGGAAUGGAUCCUUUGUCUAUGCAUCCGACCAAUAUUAGUUGGAGUUCUUUGAGUGCGAGUUCGCCGAGGUCUUCGGAUAAGAAGGUUGAAGAUGUAUGA